AUGCCGAUCUAUCUCAGCAUGCAACGGGUGCGCUUUUCCAGCCCAGACGCGUACGAAAAGUUCAAGGUUCUCUUUGCCGAUACACGCCGUCACCUAAUGCAACUUCCUGGCUUCCUACACCUUAUCUGGUGGGAGCAUCCGGACGACCGAAGCUGGUAUAACGAAUGUAGUUUUUGGACGAGUCGCGGCGCAUUAUACGACUGGCACAAGGAUACCUAUCAUAAGCAUUGUAAAGCAUGGGCAGCCAACGGCGCUAUUAUGGAAGACAUUAUCACUAAUUUCGAGCUCGUUAAUACUCGACUCCUCCGGAUCUGCCCCGUAUGCAACGAGACCCAGGAUAAAAAGUACGAUCUUGCACAGGAGCAAGCAGUGUUGCACGAGCAAUGUCCUAAAUGCGGGUUUCAUUUCCCUGUUCUGGAAGAAACACCCUCAAGCUUUGCCGUGUUUAAAGAUGCAGUCAUGCCCCCAGCCGACAAAGCUGGGGGAGCGGGCGAAACUGCGGCUGCAUAA